UGAUGAUAAUGUUCAAAAUGACGGUCACAUUGAAAAUGACCAAAAUGAAGACUACAAUGCAGGUCAAGUUAGUCAACAACCAGACUCUCAUUCUGAAUCUGAUGCUGCAAAUUCGGACUCAGACAGCUCAACUUUGUCACAUAAUGAAGUAUCAAGUAGUAGUCCAAACUCUGAACUUGAAACAACCAGUGAAAGUGAUAAUUUUGAUUUCGAUAGUGAUGACAGUGAUAAAGAAGCAAAUAGUUUGUCUGGGGAUCUUUCUGCUUGGGUGACACAGAAUAGGUUGACACGUUCUUCUGUUAAUGAGCUUCUGGGUAUUCUAAGACUAAGGGAUAUUGACUUGCCAAAAGAUGCGCGUACCUUGCUUAAAACUCCAAGACAUGUUAAACGCAUUGAAGAAAAGUGUGGAGGUGCCUAUAAAUAUUUUGGAGCGGAAACGGGCUGCUGAAGCUUAUUGAAAUGUAUCCCACAUAUGCUGUUGGGCAUGAAAUGAAGUUGAUCUUCAACAUUGAUGGUGUGCCGGUGUAUAAAUCAAGUAAUAUUCAGUGUUGGCCAAUUUUAUGCUCUGUUGAUAAUUUGGAACCAUUUAUCGUUGCUAUAUUUUAUGGAAAUUCGAAGCCGAGUUCUAUAGAUGACUAUUUGUCAGACUUGGUUUCUGAACUAUUGAAUAUACGUGAAGAUGGCAUCCGCAUCAAUGAUGAAGUUGUUGACAUCCAAAUUAAGGUUUUUGUAUGUGAUGCUCCAGCAAGGGCAUUUUUAAAGUGCAUCAAAGGUCAUACUGCUAACCAUAGUUGUGAGAGAUGCCAGAUAAGGGGAGAGUACUAUGAACGCCGCGUCACAUACCGCCUCCCAGAAGAGGAUGAUGAUUUACCUUUGCUGCGAUCAGAUGUAGAAUUUUCAAGAAUGGAGUACCCUGAACAUCAGAUAGCUCGUUCUCCCCUCUUAGAUGCUGGUAUUUCCUGCAUAUCAAAGUUCCCCUUAGACUACAUGCAUUUGGUAUGCCUUGGUGUGGUCAAAAGGAUUUUGGUGUUCUUAAGAGAUGGGCCAAGAGCGUGUAAACUCUCAAAACAACAGUUCAGAAGGAUCUCUGAUAGACUGUCUUCCUUCAACGGUAAAAUGCCUCGAAAAUUCGCUCGCCAGCCCAGACCUAUUACUGAAAUGGAGCAUUGGAAAGCAACUGAAUUCAGACAGUUUUUGUUAUACACUGGCCCCAUAGUUCUAAGUGGCAUUGUCACAGAUAAGAUAUUUGACCAUUUUAUGGUACUCAAUGUUGCAAUUUCUGUGCUACUGUUGUCAAAAUCAGACUUGAGGAAUGAAUAUGUUCAAUGUACUCGUGAACUUUUAGUAUAUUUUAUAAGAGAAGCAGCAUCCAUUUAUGGAAACACAUUUAUUACAUACAAUGUACAUGGAUUAUCUCAUAUCGCUGAUGAUGUUGUGUUCUAUAACUCCUCGUUGAAUGAAAUAUCUGCAUUUACAUUCGAAAACUACCUUCAAAAAUUAAAAAAAAAUGUGAGAAAUGCAAAGAAUCCCAUAUCACAAGUUGCAAAAAGAGAAACUGAGAUGGAAAAAAACCUUAAAAGGCGUCAUUUGAAACCAAAAUACACAUAAGUUUCGGAAAAAUUCAAGGACUCUUGUUUUUUUGACAAUUAAUGGGAAAUAUGCUUUUGUGAGGGAAAAAAGAGAAAAGACACUUGUCUGUGACUUAUUCACUUCAAGAGAUGUAGAAGACUUGUACACCAGUCCGUUGCCUUCGACAGUACUCGACGUCUGUAGGUUAAAGAAUGUCACACGUCCAAGGAGGCAACUCCUGGAAGUGAAAGAUCUGGAUAGGAAAGUUGUCUGCUUAGAAGAUGGGGAAAGGACAGUGUAAAUACCAAUGCUGCAUGAGGUGGAGAGAUUUUGAUAGAUUAUUUGUCAUUAUGCAAGUAUACCAAGUAUGACCAGCGCAGCAGUUGCUACAGGUAGCCCACUAUGGUCCCUUGCGGUAUGGGAGGAAGAUAGGGAGGAGGAGGGGGUCUUUCCGGAUCUUUUUGGAUCCAAGGAAACUCGGUGAGAUGGCCUAGGGGGAAAAACACGGAAAGGAAGAUGGCGGAGAUGUGUGCUCCUGAUGGCAACUGGGAUACUUUUCCCCUAGUUAAAGUCAAAUUUCAGUCAAAUAGUAAAAAAGAGUGUGAAGAGUACGACUUCACCACUACUGUAGAGUCUGCAAGUGAAGACUCUAGUGAGGAAACCAGAAAAAGGAAACACACAAAGAAAGUUUGGGAGGAUGAUUUUGUCACAGGUACUAGUCUAAGUGUUCAUAUUUGUUCCUUUGAAUAAAAAUUUUACUACAUUAAAAUUUGGUUUUUCAAUAUAUACAUCAAGUUCAUUGUUGGGAUUCCUCGGUUGAUAUUGAAUAAUAUUUAUACUCCGCUAUAUUGCCAUGAAAAACCCUAUAGAUUUGUGUUUAUAUUAUUGCUAUGGUAACAGAAGUCAAAAUUUGCUUGAUAUAUGAUUUGGCGAAUUGACAUUUCAUGUUUUAGCAAUUUAAUUAUUAUAUAUGGAAGAUCGACAAUCAUGGCUACAGCUUUUACCAUAAUUUAUGAACAAGCCAAAAUGAAAUUGAGCCACGACUCCCAAAAAAAUAAUAAUAUACACAAUACUUGAUACUUAUUUGAAUUGUAAUUUACACUUUUAUUUUAUAUUC